AUGGCUAUCCUUCAGACUUCCAUUGCGAUAUUUGUCGCUCAUGUUUUUCUCCUACUGGGGCUUCCAGCUGCCCUGGUCGCUGCUGCGCCGUUGUCUCCGGCGUCGCCUCUGACUCCGGUCACGCACGAGCUGGUUGGCUCAUCCAGCAAAUCCGCAAACUCUGAUUUCUGGGUUGCCCAGAUUAAGCGUCAGGGAACAGUCCCGUUUGGAGGCAGCAAGAACUACAAGGUGUUCCGCAAUGUUCGAGACUUUGGCGCCAAGGGUGAUGGCACUACCGAUGACACUGCCGCUAUCAAUGAGGCCAUUUCCUCAGGUAACCGUUGCGGCAAGGGUUGCGAUUCAUCGACCACCACGCCUGCCCUGGUGUACUUCCCGCCGGGUACUUACGUGGUGUCGAAGCCCAUCAUCCAGUUCUAUUAUACCCAGAUUGUCGGAGAUGCGACAGAGUUGCCCGUCAUCAAGGCGUCGCCAAAGUUCGCUGGCAUGGCCGUGAUUGACGCCGACCCGUAUGAGGACAACGGUGACAACUGGUACACUAACCAGAACAACUUCUUCCGUGCCAUUCGUAACCUCGUUGUGGACAUCACUGCUAUGCCCAAGGGCUCCGGUGCCGGUAUCCACUGGCAAGUCGGCCAAGCGACCAGUCUACAGAACAUCCGAUUCGAGAUGGUCAAGGGUGGUGGCUCUGCCAACAAGCAGCAGGGUAUCUUCAUGGACAAUGGAUCCGGCGGUUUCAUGUCGGACCUGAGCUUCCAUGGCGGUAACUACGGCAUGUUCCUGGGUAACCAGCAGUUUACUACUCGCAACCUGACCUUCCAUGACUGCCAGACGGCUAUCUUCAUGAACUGGAACUGGGCCUGGACUUUCAAGUCGGUCAACAUCCACGACUGCGAAGUUGGCCUGAACAUGUCUAACGCCCCCGAGAACCAGACUGUCGGCUCGGUCCUCAUGCUGGACAGCAAGCUCACUAACACCCCGACUGGUGUUGUCACUGCUUGGAACAAGGAAAGCAUCCCAAUUGGUGGUGGCGCGCUCGUCUUGGACAACGUCGACUUCUCGGGCUCCAAGGUGGCCGUCGCUGGUGUUGACGGAACCAGCAUUCUCGAUGGUGGCUCAGUCGUGAAUAACUGGGUGCAAGGCAACACCUACUCUCCCUCAAAGACUGUUGAGAAGCGCGCCACUGAACCCGAGCCCGAGGUCUUCACAGUCGUCGAGACAGUCAUGUCCACGGUGAUGGCAUGUGCCGCGUCUCACGGUGCCCAGCCUACUAGUGUGGCUGUCCAUAAAGCCCCUGCUCCUGCGAAGACGGCAUCCAUUGGCACAGCACCUGUCCCCAUCCCAGCGCCCGGUGCUAGCUCGCCCAGCCAAUCUCAUCCCUGGUUCCCCUCAAGUGACCAGACCGCCAGUCGUUCUGCUUCUUUCCCCAUCCUCCCAGGUAUCCCCGAUUUGCUGCCCAUCUUUGGAGGCGCAUCGAGCAGCAGUGACGUGCCUGUUCCAACUUUGGCCCCGAGCGACUCGUCCUCUGAGUCUGGUGCAUCCAACAGCCAGGAAGUCCCGCAGACCUCCACGUCCACCGUGUCUCUCGAGCCAUCUUCCGAGUCCACCUCGGGUGCUGUUCCCUUGAUGGGCACCAGCCACGGCUCCGGCGUCGGCAGUAGUUCCGGUACUUGCGGCGCUAGCCAUGCCAUAUCCUCGUCUCGCGUGCAAACCACGAUGAAGACCCAAGGCAAGCCCCAUAGCCUCCUGACCAAGGGCGGUGUGUUCGAGAAGUCCAAGCCUCUAUACGCCGAUGUUCCGGCCUCGUCCUUUGUCAGCGUCAAAUCUGCCGGUGCCAAGGGUGACGGCUCAACUGAUGACACUGAAGCCAUUCAGAAGGUGCUCGAUGGUGCCAAGGAUGGGGAGGUCGUGUACUUUGACCACGGCGCCUACGUGAUCACCUCGACCAUCAAGGUUCCCAAGAACAUUAAGAUCACCGGUGAGAUAUGGCCCAUGAUCAUGGUCUCGGGCAAAAAGUUCGCAGACGAAAAGAAGCCCAUUCCCGCUCUGCAAAUCGGACAGAAGGGCGACACCGGCUCCGUCGAGAUGAGCGACCUCGUCAUCACCACCAAAGGCUCUGCCCCCGGCGCCAUCCUCAUGGAGUGGAACGUCGCAGGCGAGUCCCAGGGCUCCGCAGGUAUGUGGGAUGUGCACUUCCGCAUCGGCGGUGCAGCCGGCACUGGCCUACAGAGCGACACGUGCCCCAAGACGCCCAGGGCCGAGACGAAGCCUAAGGCCGACUGCAUUGCGGCCUUCAUGCUGCUUCAUAUUACCGAAAAGGCCAGCGCCUACCUCGAGAACACCUGGAUGUGGACCGCCGACCACGAACUGGACCGCUCCGACCACUCGCAGAUCAACGUCUUCACGGGCCGCGGCGUGCUCAUCGAGUCGCAGAACCCGGUCUGGCUGUGGGGCACGGCCUCCGAGCACCACCAGCUGUACAACUUCCAGGUGUCGAACGCGCAAAACGUCUUCAUGGGCCUGAUCCAAACCGAGACCCCCUACUACCAGUCCAACCCCAACUCGCUGGCCCCCUUCACGCCCCAGAAGUCCUGGAACGACCCGGACUUUGCUUCCUGCAAGACUGCCUCCUGCCGCAAGGCCUGGGGUCUGCGCGUCGUCAACUCCAAGGAUCUUUUUGUCUAUGGCGCCGGUCUGUACAGCUUCUUUGAGAACUACGCCCAGUCGUGUCUCAAGUCCGAGGAUUGUCAGGAGAAUAUGGUCGAGGUGGACUGCUCCGAUGUUCAUCUGUAUGGUCUGUCCACUAAGGCCUCGGUCAACAUGGUUUCUUCCCCUCAGGGCAAGAGUAUGGUGCCGCAAGAGGAUAACACCAGCAACUACUGCUCGACGAUUGCUCUCUUUGAGCAGACGACUUAG